GUUAUCAUUUUUCUGUCUAAUACCACAACAAGAUAACAUGGAGAAAUUACACGAGAGCGCUUGACGAAAGCAGCCCCCCCCCCCCCCCAAAAUGACUUGUCCGUUCAGAAAAAUGAGGCGACGACCUACCGACAGACGGCUGGCAGCGAGUAAUACGAGGAUUGUGGUGGUUUUUGUCGAGGAAUACCAGAAUACGUGAGGCUUGAAGUAAGAGGAUUCUGAGUAAAAUGGCGGCGGUGGUUCGGAGAGACUGUGACCGAGUUUCGAUGGAGGCUGUGGACGGGGGACAAACGGCUCUCCUGCCGUGGACCAAACACAUGCUGACCGUUCUGUGGGAGCGGCUGUGGCUCUUACUACAGCUCAUUUACUACACCUUCGUGUCCGUUUUCCAGAUGUUCCGAUUUGAGGUUCAUGUGAGAAUCACAGACGAGACUGGUCAGCACAUCCAACAUAUGAGCACAGCCACUAACUCGACAGAAUCCUUCCUGUUCUCCUCGAUCUUUGAUGGUGAUGCCGGAGUUGUGGUUGCUGGUUCUAAUCCCCUGUCUGAUUUCUGCACUGACAUUGGUGACCCCUUCUCUGGGAAAUCCACUGCUGAGGCCCUCCUGUCCAGCCUUCAAGCAGACGACCUGUGUCGUGAGCUAGUGGAUGACUUUGUCUCUCGAACAGCUGGGAAAGAAGAAGAUAUCUUUGGCGGACACCACACCACCUGGAAAAUGGGCUUCCCUGGCGACUGGAAUAUUGUUGUAUCAAGCACAGAUGGCUCGAGUACAAAUGGCAGAUGUCAGGUCUUCAAAAAAGAAUCUUUCAAGGAGAAACUUGACACUUCAGAAGAAGACAGAAGCUCUCCAUGGAGUAGUGAGGAAGAUCAAAGCAUGGAAUUUGAGAGCGAAGAAACUCGGGCUCUUUGGGAGUCCUUGUCCAAAUGCAGUGAUCCGUACAACCUUUUCUUUUUUUCAGAGUCCAUUUCAACAAAUGGCAAUAUGAAGGAAAGUAAAUCUGACAGAAUGUCAGUGGGGACCACAGAGGAGCUCCACAGCUGGCUCAGUCGCUCUGACAGUGAGACCAGUUCCAGUAGUUGGGGUAGUUCGGAAAAUUCCUGGAUCGACCUUGACACUGAAGAAAGCAACGGUCUCUGGGAGUCUUUCACCAGUUGUAAUGACCCCUAUAAUCCCAUGAACUUCACUGCAUGCACAACCACCAACAGGCCACCUCAGAGCACGGCAACUUCUUCUGACUGCCACACUGCUCUUUCCACGUCAUCUUCAAAGUCAAACACUGACACAGAAGAGAACAGCAGCUUUACAUCCUCUUCUAGUGAGGAUGAUGAGGAGGAUCAGGCAUGGAAGUCCCUUUUCCAAGUGGAUGACCCAUUCCACCCUCUCAACUUUCGGGCCAGCCUCAAGGGAUCUUCAGCAGCCCAGUCUAAGGUCGACACAGGUGCCCCUGGGGUCGGCUACAUGCAACAAUGGGAAGAGGAGUCAGUGUCUCCUCAAAGAUCCACCAAACCCACUCUCACAGAGAGGCAUUUAAAGCAUCACUCCCACCCAGAAAAAACUAUUCUGCCCUGGAAAAGACCUGAUCACAUGUCUCCUUCACCUCCAGAAGAAAGGCAGAGAGAAAACACCACCACCAUGAAAAAGGUGCGUUUCUCUCCUGUCGUUCAUGUGCACGUGUUGCGGACGUGGCUGUUUGCCCGACAGGCAUCUCGGAAAGGACACUGGGAAGAAAUGGCACGUGACCGGGAACGUUUCAAGAGGCGGAUUCAGGCUACAGAGCAGGCCAUUGGCUACUGCUUUAGCCAGUCCCACAGAGAUAAGAUGUGGGCGUUCUUGGACUGUGCCUUGAAGUAAUCGUCGUGCACACCGAUGAUGAAUGUGAAAUUUCCUGUAUGGAUGAUAAUUUGUGAUUGGUUGCAACAGUGAUUUUGAAUUGGGCCAAUUAGAAAUGUGAUUUUGUAAUGUGCUGUUAGAUCCGUUCAUAUCGAGCAUAAAUAUCCAAACCUCAUCAUUUUUAUCCUGGAUUCUAUCGUGAUGUGUGAUCAUCAUGGGCUUAUUUCCCAGUCGUAGUUGAGGCCAUUUUUAAUGUUCAAUGUCAACUUCAACAACUUUGUACCUCAAAAGGUUUUGGAUAUAUUUUGUGAUUGUUGCACUUUGUAAGAUUAACCACAGCACUGAUGAAAUGUUGUUUUUAUGCCUUAUUUAUAUAUGUAUACUGACCUAAUAUUGAUGUCUUGUGGAGCUUGUCACUUUUUUUUUAACAUAAUUUCCCUGUUCCUCUGUACUUAAAAAAAAAAAAAAAAAAAAAAAAAAAAAAAAGUGUAUAAGGAAUGAAACGUCUUGUCCACUGAUGUGGACAAGAAGUCUGUAAUGAUGCCAUCAUCAGAAAGCAGAGUUUUAUGUGACAACUUGUUUGGAAAAGCUUUUUAUUAAAAACGUGGAGUGUCUCUGGACUGAAACAGCAUUUAAAAUUUGUCACCGUAUACAUGUAAAGUUUGUUAUUAAGCAAUGUCAACAUACUGAAGAAUUAAUGAUUUAACUAUAGGAAGAAAAAAAAAAUCGUUAAAUUGUUUUAAGUACAGCCCCAAGUACUAAUGGCGUUUUGUGUUUCCAUGUUGAGCACUAAAAAUCUUUAACAAUCAUGUUAUCUGGAAAUUCAAACUUUGUCCUGAGAGUUGUUCUGUUCAGCUUCUUGAGGUCACAUCAUUUUGCUCAAACAUGUGUAGCAAACUUGUCUUAAGGUGCUUUGUUCAAUAAAAUUUGUUACACCACA